AUGGAACCUAAGUUGAACAUAACUUUACAUUGCUCUAUUACCGGACUUGAUUGUUAUAGAUUACAAAAUGAAAAUCAAAGGAUCACUGUAGCUAAACUUACUCUUUCAGAUAUUUCAGAUAAUGAUUCAAAAUCAGUAAAUGUUACAAGCGAAACUCACCCAUGUGGCUUGAUGAAUAAUGAUCAAGAUGCAAUUUCCAGUGAUACUAGUAUUGAUGAUUCUAGUAUUUCUAAUGAUGCUUUUGAUUCAAAUAAAAUUGCUGAAAUUGCUGCUUUAAAAUGGCAACAUUCUUCUGUGCGGCCUGGAUCAAUAAUUGGUCCGGCAGAAUCUUUGGAUAUACCAUAA